AUAAAUCCGCGGUCACACUGGUGGCCAGUUAGCUAAAUUCAAUUCGACAUUUUUCUUAAAUAACUUUAUAAAAAUCAUGACAUUCAUUCUUUUAAUUGGCCAAUCUUAAAGAAAAUUGAUUGAUUGAUCGUAUCAAACUAUUUUUCCCUUUAAAUCGCGAUGGAAAAGCUUUAAAAGCAACAGUAAACAGCAAAGCUAUUGCCGUACCAAUACUUAAGUCCAUAAGUGUAUAUUAUGUACAUAUAUAUUGUUAUAUAUGUAUGCAUACGUAUAGCAUAUGUGUAAAAGGGCAAUAAUCGCACAUAUCUAACUUCGGAUCUGGAGGUAAUUUAGAGGACAGGACUAUUGAAUUAAUGCUGAUAAGCAAGACUAGACAAUUCUGGAGCUGUUUUUGUUUACGGGGCUCCACUGUACCCGUAAUGACAUUCAAAUUUUUUGCAUUUGCUCCAUAGAACGAAAGCCCUUCCCUUCUUUGUCUCCAUUUAAAGUGUAUCGAAGCGGUGCGGUUAAUCGGAGCCAACUUUUGCGACAGAGCCGCAAAAGAAACACGACAAAAAUGUCAACAACUCCCAAUUCCAAUAGUAGUAGUAGCAACAGCAACAACAAGCAGCCACAGCAACAACAGCACCAACACCAGCUUCAGCAACAAGACACAUACAGCAGUGACAGCAGCAGCGUUGGAGAGAACUCGGACGAGGAGCGGAGAAGACGCAUCUCGAAGAAUCGCUCCCGCCUGCAGCGCCCCCUGAAUAAAUCUCAACACAAAAUGUCCAGCGGAGGAGCCGUACCAAAGCAAGAUAGCAAGUCUCCAGGGGGAGCCUCAACAAGCCAAGCGGCUGCGUCGGGUGGAGUCGGUGGGCGCCUGCCGCCAGAACGGAUUUCCAUGCUAGUGGAUGGAAUCCGCUUUACGGUGGAGCAAUCUCUGCUAAAUGCCCAUCCCACUACCAUGCUGGGCACCAUGUUCGGUUCAGGCUUCCAGUUUGUCCAUCCCAAUGAGCGGGGCGAAUACGACGUUGCAGACGGCAUCUCGCAUUUAGUGUUUCGAGCAAUAUUGGAAUACUACAAAAGUGGCGUGAUCCGCUGUCCCCCAACUGUAUCUGUUCCCGAGCUGAAGGAAGCCUGUGAUUAUCUGCUGAUACCCUUCGACGCCACUACCGUACGCUGCCAGAACCUGAGAGGUCUUCUUCACGAGCUCAGCAAUGAAGGAGCGCGCCAGCAGUUUGAGCUGUUUCUCGAGGAUCUUAUUCUGCCGUUGAUGGUGGCCUCAGCACAGCGCGGCGAUCGCGAGUGCCAUGUGGUUGUGCUCCUUGAAGAUGACAUGGUGGACUGGGAUGAGGAAUUUCCACCUCAAAUGGGCGAAGAGUAUUGCCAAACCGUUCACAGCACAGCCAUGCAUCGAUUCUUUAAGUACAUCGAGAACCGGGAUGUGGCUAAGCAGGUCAUGAAGGAUCGCGGCCUGAAGAAGAUCCGGUGCGGCAUAGAAGGUUAUCCUACACAUAAGGAGAAAAUUCGGAGACGUCCAGGCGGGCGAGCCGAGGUCAUUUAUAGCUAUGUCCAACGCCCUUUUAUCCACAUGUCCUGGGAGAAGGAGGAAGCCAAGAGUCGUCAUGUCGAUUUUCAGUGCGUCAAAUCGAAAUCCGUUACGAAUCUCGCCGAAGCAAACGCCGAUCCUCCCUUAGAAUUGGAUGCAAGUGGCAAUCCUAUUCCGCCAAUUGCUUUGGUCAAUCCGAACCCUAAUAAUGCAGAGCUUGCAGCCGUGCCUGCAGCCGGUGUCGCUGCAGUGGUCGCCGUCGACGAGGCAGUCGGUGGGGUUGUGAUCAACGAAUUGGAACAAGCGGCCGCAGCGGUUGCUGGUGCUGCUGGCAUCGUGGAGAACGUGUGAGGGGACGGACCGAAUGCUGGUAGCCGAAGUAUAAAACACUGCCAGAAAGCAGCGACGCACAGAAACCCCUUUCUACGUUUUUCAUCAACAUUUUAAUAUGCAAUUAAAUUCAAAAGCCGAAAAAAUAACUACUUACUUUAAGCCAGAUUCAAGUAAUAAUAUAAAACGAUUGAAAAAAUUU